AUGUCUACUGAUUCGACUGAAGUUUUUGCUCAGCAAGCUGCACAAAGUACUUCCAACCCAAUGUAUGACCAAACGUUCCGUCGUAAUGGACGACGUGGAAAAGGAGGCCAUCGAGGAAGGAAUCCUCAGCGUGCGAAUGGCCGAGAUAAUAGAAAGUUCGAGAGCGAGCACAUUACUAACUCUGCGAGGUUGGAUCAAUCUCCUGCUGAACCAGCUAACGAACCAAGUCUCAAAUCCAAGGUUAAUGCGACUGAAGACAGCGAAGGUGAAAACAAAGAGAAUGCAAAUGAAUGCCAUAUUUGUGCUGAAAAAAUUGUCUACUAUGCUGUAGAACAGCAAGCUGUAAUCAUCACCUGCGAUCCGGAAAAGCUAUAUCAGGAUUACAAAUCCACAGAUUUACCAUAUACCGAUCAGAAACUGAAAUUGUCUUUUGAAAGUAAGGAAAUGUAUGAUGAAACCAUGAAAUUACUCAGAUUCAACUGCCCUUCACCCAGCUGUGACGCUGAAUGCUGCGACGGCUGGCCGGCAUUAAAAAAGCACGUCAAGAAAGUGCACAAUAUGUUGUUGUGCGAUAUAUGUAUUAGCAACAAAAAGGUCUUUGCUCAUGAACACGCACUCUAUACUGCUCGCCAGCUUGAGAGACAUUAUAAAGUUGGCGACCAAAAUGUAGAAUCUGGGUUUAAAGGGCAUCCCAAAUGCGAGUUCUGUGACAUAGUAUUUUACGAUAACGAUCAAUUAUAUGUACACUGCAGAGAUCGUCAUGAAGAAUGUUAUUUAUGCGCGAGGAAUGGAAUCAGACAUGCGUAUUAUGAGAACUAUGAUUUGCUAGAAAUACAUUUCGAGAAAAAACACUACUUAUGCAUGGACGAAGGAUGCAGGGCUCGGAAAUUUGUUGUGUUUGCAACAGAUAUUGAUUUAAAAGCACACGAAAUAGACGUACAUGGAUCGAGCAUUAACGGGCAAAAAGCUAAAUACGAAGCACGACGAAUAAGAGUAAAUUUCAUAUAUGAUGAGCAACAUGCUCGGGCGAGGGGUCGACAUAGGGAUCGAGAAAGGCAACAGUUAGAUGGCCCCUCCAGACCCAGAAACCUAGAAAUCAACCACACUAGAGCAGGAAACGCGCUGAGAAGCAUCACCCCGGAUGGUACAAGCAACUCAAUAGACGAACUUUCACCGCCUUCAUCUACACUUCCUGCUCGCCCCAAUCAAGUACGGGAAGAAGAAUUCCCUACUCUCAGCUCGGUUGUCCGGCCAUCCGGCGCUGGAAGCACAAACGCGAAUACUAAUUCUGGUGCGAAAGCACAGACUACCAGCAAGAUGAAUGCUGUUGGUAAAGGCAAGCGGAGUGGUGAUAAUGGACGGGGUGGGGUUAAUGGGCAAGACAGAAGUAAUGGACAAGGUGGAAGCAAUGAGCAGAGGGCACCAUUGCCCAGCAGUACAGGAUCGUCAUCGAGAGCCUCAACAGCAACUUCAAACUCUACAUCCGCGAAAAAGAAAGGGAAAGGGAAAGCACCAGUUCAACCGGUAGAAGAAUUCCCAUCUCUUCCAUCGAUUCCGAAACAAAAGUCUCCAGGUUCGAAAAAAAAUGAUGCUAAAGGUGCCUGGGGACGUGGUGGGACGUUUGCAAAUAUAAAUAGUCCCAGCAGUAGUGAGCCGGCCGAGAGCAGUAGCAAAAAGAAACCGAAUAAGAAGGUUAUAUUACGUAUUGGUUAA